UAAACAAUUACGUCAUGGGAGUCUUCAUUUGAACGGAAAGUAUUGUGACUGUUUUUAUAAUGGGAUUUACAUUGUACAUACCUAAACGGAGUGUUACACCAUUAAUAGUUAUAGAGAGUAUGUUCAACCGUUAUAUAACUUACCUGAAGCAAAUAGUAGUAUUACGCAAGCGUACACAAACUGCUAGAACCGGAGUAAGCUGUCGCCAGUCUACGCCAGUGUUACACAGAGAAUAAAAAGAAACAAAAACCAAACAACCCCUCUUUUUCCGUACCCACAGAGAAUUCGACCUGGAAACUGACCAAUGAGAGACGAGCGAGUUAUCAGUGGUGACACACAACAUUCCGUCGAGUUAAAUUCCUGGAACACUAAAAACCUUAUUUUGAUGUAAAAUAUUGUCACAAGGAUGCCUAAGGAGGCAAAGAGAGCUGGCUGGUCCAAUCCGAUUGAAUUUGUCUUGACCCUAAUUGGGUUUGCCGUGGGUUUGGGGAAUGUUUGGAGAUUUCCUUACCUCGCUUACAAAAAUGGGGGAGGUGCUUUUCUCAUCCCAUAUUUCGUUUGCUUGCUGCUGAUUGGAAUUCCACUUUUCUUUCUUGAACUGUCAUUUGGACAGUUUGCUAGUUUGGGCCCAAUAAAGAUAUGGAUUGUGAAUCCUGCAUUCAAAGGUCUGGGGUUUGCCAUGACCAUUAUAUCAGCAUUGAUUGCCCUAUACUACAACGUCGUGAUAGCUUGGUGCUUAUUCUACCUGUUCGCUUCCAUGACAUCACACUUGCCCUGGCAGGAUUGUUACAACGAUUGGAACACGUGCUUGUGUUCCGAUAAAACCACGAAUUUUUCCAGUUCUGAUCCAUGGAGCGGGAAAAAACCAGAAUGCUUGCCCGAUCUUCCGAAUAUUGUUAACGCCUCUAAGAAAACCCCAAGUUCGGAGUAUUUCAGCCACAGGGUACUGGGAAUAACUGAUUCCUGGACGGAACCGGGGGGAGUGAAAUGGGAUGUGACCUUGUGUAACCUGUUGGCGUGGCUGAUUGUGUUUUUGGUCUUGUCCAAAGGUAUCAAAUCCCUGGGAAAGGUUGUAUACUUUACAGCCAUAUUUCCGUACAUCCUGCUCACAGUCUUGCUGGUUCGAGGGUUAACUUUGGAAGGGUCUUACUCGGGUGUCAUGUACUACUUAACACCAAACUGGGAUCGACUGACGCAAGCCAGUGUUUGGUCUGAUGCCGCAGUACAGAUUUUCUACUCACUCAGUGCCUGUUCAGGUGGACUGAUUGCCAUGGCGAGUUACAACAAGUUUAAUAAUAAUGUACUAAGGGAUUCGUUGCUGGUCCCCAUAAUAAACUGCUUCACGAGCUUCUAUGCCGGCUUUGUUAUCUUCUCAGUUCUUGGCUAUAUGGCAGAAUACAAACAGGAGUCAAUGGACAAUGUUGUUGAUGGAGGACCAGGCCUUACGUUUGUGGUUUACCCAGAAGCCCUUGCACAGAUGCCAGUCGCUCCGCUGUGGGCUAUCUUAUUUUUCUUCAUGAUGGCCACCCUUGGAUUCAGUUCACAGUUUUCAAUCACGGAGACAGUUAUGACCGGGAUAAUGGACGAAUUUUCCACCUUCUUCAACAACAAACGGAGAAGGAUCCUGUUCAGAGCCGGAGUAUGUUCCGUUGCGUUUCUACUUGGUUUACCGAUGACGUGCAGGGGUGGAGAGUACACUUUGAAUUUAAUGGACACCUUUGUUGGAGGUUUUCCGCUGUUGUUCGUGGGGCUAUUUGAAAUAAUUGCCAUCAUCUAUAUUUAUGGAUUCUUCCGGUUUAAGAGAGACAUAGAGAUGAUGCUGGGAUCAAAUAUUGUGAUCAAUAUCUUUUUCUGCUAUUUUGGGGCCACCUGGAUGUUGAUUUCACCUCUGGCGUUGUUAGCUGUCAUAAUUUUCAAAGCCAUACAGACGAAACCUGUAACAGAUGGUAGCUAUGUGUAUCCAGACGGCGGCCAGGCUAUGGGCUGGUUGAUUGUACUGGCGCCUUUGAUCUGGAUCCCAGUCGUCUUCUUCUUCGAGGCUUUCAGAAAUGGACUCGGAAAGUAUCUGGUUAAGAUAACUUCCCCUAAACAUAACUGGGGACCAGCAUUGGAAGAGUACCGGGUAGGACGAUAUAGUGAAGAAAGCAAUACACGGAAAGACCAGAACGGCACCAGUUCCUAUGUUAUAAGCUCUUCCGGUCAGGAAAAAUACAAACACCUUCAACCCACGUUCGUCACGUCAAAUUCAUCGAAUGACAAUCCAGAACAGCAUACGGUGACAAUGGAAAGUGGAAAUGAAGAAAAUGGACAGCCAAUAAAGGACACCGUUUUGAAAAAUGGAGGAGUUGAACCCCAGGAGCCAAAUGUUUCGUUCAAGAAUCCAGGUUUCGAAAACGAUGAGGGAAAAUAUUGAACAUAAGGCAGGGGACCACGAAAGAGAGCAACUGGUUAUAAUCCACAAAAUAAUUGCCAAAAUGUAAUAAGGAGUAUAAAUUUUGUGAUGAAAUUUACGUAGUACAAGAACAUACCCAUUACAUAUGCACAUAUAUAUUAUAUCGGUAUGCCGAAUGCUUUGCUUUCAAUUUGUAGAUAUCAAAGUAAUGUUUUAUCUAUAACUCUAGUGGCAUAUAUAUUUUAAUAUGUAAUCAGUUUUCAUACUUCGAAUUCCUUUCAGAUAUAACGUACAAAAACUCAGGCCUCUUGUCACGUUGUUUGCACGAUAAAUAACUCCGUAAUCGCCAUGCAUGAGUCAAAAUUUGUGGCACUUCAUCUACAGAUGAUGACGUCUCUACAUGAGUGAAUUAUCGACGUGACGUAAAAUCACCAAACAAUUCAUCUGCCAAAACACACUUUGUAAAGUGAUUGUUAACAGUUGUCCUAAGGCAGGAUUUGUUGAACCCACUUACGAAAAAAUAAAUAUCCAAACGUAAAAUUUGAAAAUUAGCAUUACAAUACUGCAAUGAUGAAACCUUUCAGCGGGCUCCCAUAUUGUAUGAAACAUUUUGUAAAAUUCAGCUACUACUCACGUAUCAGUAUCAAAUACUAUGUUGCGUUUAUGACUACUUUUUGUAGUGAAAUUCGAAUUACAAAUAAAAUGCUUGUAUUUGAUGUGAACUGAACAUGAGGAAUCCCACUAUGCCUAUCUGAAUUUAUUCUAAUGGAUUACUAAUUUAUUAUGAUUUUAUCUGAUGUUGGAUUCUGUAUAAAUCUUUAAACAUGUCUCCAAAUAAAUCAGAGAUAACGGU